AUGGCUUCAAUCUCCUUCAUCACCUUCAUCUCUCUUCUGCUCCUCCCUCUGUCCCACGCCACACUGACCCUCACAGUCGUAAACAACUGCCCCUUCCCAGUCUGGCCCGCCAUCCAACCCAAUGCCGGCCACCCCGUCCUCGAACGCGGCGGCUUUGCUCUCAACCCUCGCACACACCGCUCCUUCCUAGCCCCAGCCACCCACUGGUCCGGUCGUAUCUGGGGCCGUACAGGUUGCACCAACCACAACGGUCGCUUCACCUGCUCCACCGGCGACUGCGGUGGCAAACUCGAGUGCAACGGUCUCGGCGGCGCCACACCCGCCACCCUAGCCCAGUUCAGCCUCCACCACAGCCACACCGACCAGUCUUCUUACGCCGUCAGCCUCGUCGACGGGUUCAAUGUCCCGAUGACGGUAACGCCGCACGAGGGUAAAGGAGUGUGUCCGGUGGUCGGUUGCAAGGCGGAUCUGCUAGCUACGUGUCCGUGGUCGCUGCAGAAACACGCCGAUGGGAAAGUGGUGGCGUGUAAGAGUGGCUGUGAGGCGUUCAAUACCGACGAGUUUUGUUGCAGAGGUCAUUUCAACAACGCGCAGACGUGUAAAGCGUCGAAGUGGUCGGAUUUCUUUAAGCACGCGUGUCCGGCCACGUUUGCAUACGCGCAUGAUAGCCCGUCGCUAACGCACGAGUGUUCGUCGCCACGUGAGCUUAAAGUUAUAUUCUGUCACUAA